AUGUCUGUUGAAGAAAAACAAGCACGAUCAGUCUUUGUCGGUAAUAUUCCUCAUGGAACAACAGAAGAUCAAAUGAAAGAAAUAUUUUCUGUUAUUGGACCUGUAUUAUCAUUUCGUAUUGUAUUUGAUCGUGAAACUGGAAAUCCAAAAGGAUAUGGAUUUGCUGAAUAUGCAGAUGUAGAUAUGGCUCAAAGUGCAAUACGAAAUUUAAAUGGUUUUGAAUUUGGUGGUCGAUCAUUACGAGUAGAUAAAGCAUCAUCACAAGCUGAUGAAUUACGAUUACUACAUCAACAAACAACUAUUGGUACACCAGCAUUUGAAACAGUUCAAAGUGUUAAUGUAACUCCAGAUAAAGUUCCGGAAGUUAUUGCUCGAACAAUUGUUAAUCUUCCACCUGAACAAGUUGUUGAUUUAAUGAAACAAAUGCAAAUAAUUAUUAAAGAAUAUCCAACAGAAGCACGAAAUAUUCUUAUACAAAAUCCACAAUUAACCUAUGCUAUGUUACAAUCACUUGUUAUUAUGGGUCUUAUUCAACCAAGUGAAGCUGCUAAUAUGCUUCAUAAACGACCAGAUAUUCCAUCAAUAAAUCUUAUGAGUAAUUCUUCACCAGCACCACCUAAUCUUGUUAGUGGUUUAAUGCCUAAUCCUCCAUUUCAAGCAUCACCAUCUCUUGUACCACAACCACCUUUACCAAUUGUUCCACCACCUCCAUUCCAUCCACAAAUGCCACCAAUGAAUUUUCCAAUAACAACAGCACCUAUUCAACAGCCAACUUCGGCUAUAACUGGUAGUUCACCUCUAUCACGUACUGAUCAAGAAAAAGCUCAAUUAUUAAUGCAAGUAUUACAAUUGAGUGAAGCUCAAAUUGCUCAAUUACCAGCUGAUCAACGUGCAAGUAUUAUACUAUUAAGAGAACAAAUGCAAAAAAGUGGAAUGCUGUCACUUUAA